GUGAAUCGCCGCCGCCGCCCUUUCCUUGCACCGGCGCCGGUCGUGGGUUGAGGAAGUGCGGCGCCGCCGGGAAAUCGCGGCCUGCCGCGGCGGAUCCGCCGGCAUCCGCGCCGGAUCCGGUCCUGGGAAGACCGGAUCUGCGCGGGGGUGGCCCGCCUCCCGUCGUAUCCCGCAAGGCCAUCCUGGGGAAGGGGAGCGUGUCGCGCCGUGGGCGGAAGCGGCGGCGGCGGAGUUCACCAGUUCGGUCGGCCACAUCCGAGGAGAGCUCGACCGGGCGCUCGAGCUGGCGUCCUAGAAAACUCAGGAUGGACCCUAACCAAUCCAAUGAUGGGUCACAGGGAGGUUUUCCUGGUGGCAACAUUCCUCCCUACCCGGGUGCCUGCAACCCGUACAUGUACAUGUACCAAGCUCCUCCAUCCUGGUUUCCCCAAGGUAGACAGCUGGUUCCACCCUAUGCUGCAAUGGGGCAGCCAGGUGGCAGUGGGCAACAAGUGUAUCCUCCGGCUGAAAACGCAGAGCCAUCUUUGGAAGUAGAUGAGGAGGAACCAGAGCUCUCCCCCGAGCAUACAGGAAAACGAAAGAGCACAAAGAAAUGCGUCAGUCGUAUCAAGUUGGCCAACUUCAACCCAAAAGAAGAUGAAUACCUUGUGAAAUCAUGGCUUGAAAUAAGCAAUGACCCAAUUACAAGUACUGGACAAAAAAAAGGUCGUAUGUGGGAUAGAAUUAUGGAUAGAUACGACUUGAAGAGGGGAAGAAACCCAGAAAGGAGUGAACGGUCUCUACAGUGCCGCUGGGACACUAUCAAGACUGAAGUCGGGAAGUUUGCAUCAGUCUAUGCUGAUGCCAUUCGAGAGAAUCCUAGCGGGAUGUCGGAUAGCGAUAAGACUACUCUUGCAGCCUCCAAUUUUGCUUCUAUAUGGAAGCACAACUUUGCAUUCAUGCACUGCUGGAACAUUAUGAAGCAUGAGCCCAAGUGGCAGGAUCCAAAGCACAGAACAUUUGAAAAGUCAGGUGCAGCAUCUGGUGGAGGUGACAAUGAUGCCACAAUCAACCUUGAUGAGGACAACGGUAACCCAGGUGGUGCAGCCGAGGAGAGGCCUCCAGGCAGGGAUAGGUCGAAAGUAUCCAAGAAGAAAGCAAAUUCGGAUGCGGGUUCAGCAUCAUCUUCGGAGUGGUCUGCGAGAAUGGAAGAUCUAACCUUGCAGAGGAUUUCUUUCAUGCAAGAAGAAUCAGUCCGUAAGAGUGAUCGUUUCCAGCAGCUUGCAUGUAUAGAUGAGAAGCGUUAUGAGGAAAUGCGAAGCCACAAUAGAUCACUGUUACAGUGUGAGCAAGAGAAGACUCGCAUCAUGGUUGAGAACCAUGAACGGGACAAGCUAAAGGAGGAGAAGGAAGAGGAGGAAAGGAUCCUUGCGAUUGAUCUUAAUGCCUGCCUACCGUAUCAGCGGGAGUAUUAUCAAGUUCGUCAGGAGGAAAUUGUGGCAAAGAUUAAAGCUCGGCGCAGUAAUACACAGGCGCCAUGAAGAUCCAGCAAGAGGCAACCAGCUUUCAUGUAUAUUGCACGUGUAACCUU